GUUGCGAGUCCAACUCUGCGACUCGGACGACCAACUUCGCAGCUUCACUCGUCAUCAUCGAUUCAAGCAUCGACAGCAGCAUCUCGGCUAAGCCUCUUGGCCCUCAUUCGCCAGCAUGGCCCUCCCUCUUCCCCUGCAACCCGGCCUCUUGCCCACCGAAAUAGAAUACCUGGCCACUACCACCACUCACGUCCAAAUCGUUCCCCUCACCUCAAUAGAUCGGGCCCGCUUCCUCUCCGGCGUCUAUGGUCCCUUUCGUCCACCACAACGAACCACAGUACCUCUCUGGCUGGCACUCAAUCUGAGGGCAAAGGGUAAAUGCUACCUGGUGCCGCCGGAAUGGAUGGAGCUGGAGAACGUCAAGGCACUGCUUCAGAGAGAGACGACAAGCAUGGCAUUCGCUGAGGUACCCUGGCACUACGUUGAGAUUGCGAGGGCGAUAUUAGAGGCUGCUCCGGACGACAUACCCAACGCGGACGAGGUUCGCUCGCUUCUUAAGGAUCUGCGAGAGGCAAGGCAGAGUAAGAUUGCUCUUGGUCUCGAGAUGAUCAAUCCUUAUCACCUUGAGAUGACCAACAUAGCCUACGCAGAGCUAUGCGAACUUCGUCCUUUCUUCAGCACAGCUUUCCAGCACCUCAAGGCUAUGCGGCCACCAGGGGUUGCAGCCGCCGCUGCUCAACAGGCGACCGAGUCGCAGCCGUGGACAGAUUCCUUCGAUUACAGCGCCCCGGCGAGACGGCGAGGUACAGAAGACGCGAGAAGUCAAUCAGGCUUCGAUAUAGGGUCAAGUGACUACGGUGGUGGGGGCUCAUCACGGGCAAGGAGGGGUAAUGGUGGAGCAGGAGCAGGUUCAUCCUUCCAGGGACAGAGCAUGGACGACUCGAUGGGGAUGUCGUUGGACGAGUCGAUGCGUAGCGAGAGCUACGCUGAUCCAGGCGGAGGAGGCGGCGUCGAUGACGAGGACCUCAGCGUGGCAGCCUGGGCAGCCAGAUGACAGCAAAAGCGCCUAUAUCAAUCAUCAGCAUCAGCAAUUGCAGCGUAUACUCAGUCGUCCGUGGGCGGCGAGAUUGAAGGGAAUGCUUGCCGUUCGCUCAAUGGAGCGGAGUGGUCAUUUCGAGGUUGCUAAAGUACAAGGUAAAUUCAGUGUAAGCAGGGUUGCCAGAUUGCCUCCCGCUGGAUGGGGACACAGCCAGUGCUGACGAGUAGGCGGACUGUAUACGCUUUGUGGGAGCGGUCACCUCACGAGGAGGUAGACAUUGUUGCCGAUAGUGACGUUGCUGAGAUGCCUGUAGUUGCCCGUCAGCGCCAUGAGAAGACCACCGAAUGACCCAUAGACGGUCACCGUGUCCGAAGAAGCUCCCUC